CCCAAUUGGAUAGGCAAAGAAAAAAUCCCAAAGUCCAUGAACAUAAACCCCAUCUUCUCCUCUUAAAACCCUUUCCAACAUUCUGUUAUGUUCUUCAGUUUCCACUUUCUUCUUUCUCCUCCAUAAAACAAAGCUAUGGAGUGAGGUUAACUUAGUACCUCAAGUAAAACCCAGUAUUUCAUGUCCUAGUUUUAUUUUUUCUAAAGAAAGAUUGAUGCGGGCUCUAUGCGUCGGCCUCCUUCUCGACUUGCCCGGACUUGUAUUUUGCUAUAACUUUAGUGUUGGUGCAUGUGUUGUGGAUUUUAGCAAUAUAAGAAGAUACUCGAGCCAGAGCAUAGUGUAUCCAACUAGCAAGAAUUUCAGUGCGAAUACUGAGAUCUGUGAUAUCUUCUCUAAAAGAUAUUCAAGUCAUUCUUGUCGUCCUCUUGAAUUUCCAACUGGUGAAACUUCUUCAAUUCUGCAGUCAAGGGCUCUCCAGCACUGGUUCAAAAACUGGCAAGAACAACGGAAGCAUAAACUGACAGCAAGCACUUUUGGUGGAGCAAUUGGCUUUUGGCGUGGCCGAAGAGUCCAGCUUUGGUUAGAGAAACUUGGUGCAAUAAAACCAUUUUCUGGGAAUCUGGCUACUUGUUGGAGCAACAUCAAAGAAGAGGAAGCACUUGAAAGAUAUAAGCUCAUUACAGGAAAUACUGUUAUUUUUCCUAAAUUUCAGGUUUAUGGUGUGAAGAAUUCAGAAGAUGAUUGGUUAGCAGCUUCACCAGAUGGGGUGAUUGACAGUUUGGUUUAUGGGUUGCCUUCCCGAGGAGUGCUGGAAAUAAAAUGUCCAUUUUUUGAUGGAGAUAUGAGCAAAGCUUCACCUUGGAAGCGGAUUCCUCUUUAUUAUAUUCCACAAGCUCAGGGUUUAAUGGAAAUACUGAAUAGGGAUUGGAUGGAUUUCUAUGUUUGGACUCCUGUAGGGAGCAGUCUUUUUAGGAUAUAUCGAGAUGUACAAUACUGGGAUACUGUGAAAAUGGCACUUUCUGAUUUCUGGUGGAAGCACGUUCAACCAGCAAGGGAGAUCUGCAGUAAAUCUGUGAUAACGGAUCCCUGUACUCAAUUACGCUUAUUUAAGCCAGCCCCUAGGCAUGAAUUAUGUAGCCAUCUAGUUUAUGAAAGUAAACGCGUUGUUGAUCACUCCAAGUUAUUAUUGCGUGAAAUUCAUGGGCACUUGCAAAACUGAUGCAAAUAGAGGUCUAAAUGCGGGGUCUUAAUGUCCACUUGCCCUAGAAUGACCUGGCUCAAUGCAGGAGUCUGUUGCUUAGUGGCAAUUAACUAUUCAUGAGAGAGACCAGGUGUAUGAGGUCCUAUAAAUACAAUGUCUGAUUGCAGAAUUGUUGACAAUCAAGAUUGCUGCAUGUAUAUCUUAACUAGAGGGAGGAUCGCAUACUUAUAUAUUGAUUGGCUUCUAUAUGGAAGAGUUUUACUGAAAAAUCCAAUUUGUACUUUUUCCUGUGUGGAGAUCUCUGUGGGAGAAACAAUUAAAUAUACUCAGCUUGGUUCUGCUCUCUUAACUUGUGUUUUGAGUCAAGAUGACUUAAUGAAUAAUACGAUCAGAUUAUAGUACUUAGAUCAGCCGCAAGUGAAAGAGUACAUAUCCUGUUGCAUUGGCAUGCAAUUGGAGCUGAAAGAAUGGUUCAACACCACGAGGAUGGUCAAAAGCUUCAUAAGCUGAGGUAUUUGGAUAUGCUCUGAAUAGCUUGCUUAGUACUAUUACUUGCAAGUGGUACAAUUCUAAAUGCUAUUAGUCAUGAAAAUACUUCCUUUCUAUUUCUGAGAUAUCAGGCUGUUCCUGUGAAAAAUUUCUCAAGCGUUGCAGCUAUGCGAGAUGGAGCGCCCUGCUAUUACUUCCAUAGCAAACUGAUAAAGAAUACUGUUCUCUCAUAUGAUCCUUAAUUUGUGGAACCACAUCUGUAGACUUCCAUUGAGUUGUUAAGUUUCAAUGCGGUCAGAUAAUAUGGUUCAUGGAGUUUCGAAUUCACUGAUAUAAGAAAUUAAGACUUCUCCAGUGCAAUCUUUUGUGCCUUGCCAUUACUAUUUACUUCUUGUUUGUAUGGUACUAGAAGAACUGAGGCACUUUGUGAGCCCAUUAAGCAGUAUCCCAGGUUAGCUCUGGAACUCGAUUGGUAUAACUAGUCAUUGUCAUCCCUUAGACAUUGAAUCUAUCGAGCUGCAAAGCCAGAAUGUUUGUUUUGUAUAUUUAUGAAGUAUUCCACUUGGAAUUCUACGAAACUUUUAGUCACAUGUGUAGGCAUAUUUUGGUGAGAUCAUUGAAGGCUUUUGUUACUUGAUAUCCA